CACAAACCACACGCCAUUCGGCCAUUUUCGCUCGCUAAAACCCCAAGGCGCCUCCAAUCUCCCCGGCGUCCUCGUCGCUGUCGUUGCGCCGCCGCACCCACCCCUGCCCACGGCCGACGGGCGCGUGCCUGCGAGGAUCGAUCGACGGAAGGGACGGACCUCUGUGCGGUGAUGUUCCACGCCGCGCGGCCACCGAGGCCGACGGGCGUCCCCGCUAGGCGCGGUGGUCUGCCACACGGCUACGGAUGCACGGACGCGCUUCCUCCUCCUCUUCUCGCCGCGGGCGGAAGCGUCGUGCGGGCUCGCGGUGAGGCGGAGGUAGCCCAUGGUCGACGCCACCAAGGGGGCAGUGAUGGAGCGGGGCGCGGGGAGGCGGGAGGAAUUGCGGUGGCGGUCUCGGGAGGUUUGGUCGGGGACAGCGCGGAGGGGGUUUCUGGCUUGGUGGCCGGCCAGGUUUCUCUGGAGGAAAGGGGAAGCGGCGGCGGCGAACUGGGGAGGAAGAGGGGGUUGGCGCUCGCUGCGCAUCCGCCGCCCAAGCGGAGGGCCGUGUCGGCCAUUCGACGGUUUCCGCCCGGUUGCGGGAGGGAUGCGCCGCCUUUGAUCGCGGGCGGCGGGGACGGUUUGCGGGUGGAAGCUUCACCUCCUCCGCAUGGUGAUUUUCGUUUAUUGGAGCAGGCGGCGGCUGCUCGUCCCGCGGGCAGCGUUGGCCGUGACGACGGUGGCUUGCUGCUGGAAGCUGCGUCCGCCAAUGCUGGUCUGGGUGUGCUGGAGAACGUGGCGGCUGCAGGUGACGGUGCUCCAGUGUCAGAUGGGUGUCAUGAUAGUCCAGAGGCCGCGGUGGUGAAAUCGUUAGAUGGGGCAGAAGGAGUUGCUAGCUUGGUGGUGAAAGACAGGGAAAAAACAGACGGGAGCGGUGAACUGGGGAUGAAGAAGGAGUCGGCGCCGAUAACUCGACUGCUACCACCGAAGCGGAUGAUAGUAUCUGCCAAGCGCCGCUUCCCUCCUGGUUGCGGGAGGGACGUAGUGGUUCCACUUGCCAGCAGAGCAAGUGGCGAGGUGGAUUUGCAGUUGGAAACAUUGCCUGCUCAUGGUGGUUUGGGUGCACUGGAGGAGGUGGUAGCUACAGACGACCGCCGUUCUGAAUCUGAUCUGUGUGCCAAGGACACCGUGGAAGCUGCGAGCAAGAAUGCUUUGGAUGGAGUAGCAGAGGUACACGAACUAGAGGAGGGUGAGAUUGCUACAGAAACUGAACAUGUCCUGCAUGAGCCCCAAGUUACAGUGACCAGUAGCAUGCUUAAAGCUGGUAGACAUGAGUUCGAUGUUCCGCCAGUUGCUGCUGCGGAACCGUAUGUGGCGCAUUUUUCUGAGGACAAGAUCCAUGGGAACAUGUUGCAACGCAAGGGGAAGGGUGCAUCGUGGCCAGUUGCUGAAGAUGUCAAGGAGAUGAACAAAUACGAAGGUAGCUCAGCCAAGGUUCCCGCUAAACCUUCCGCUGAAGGUCUUUCGAGAGAAUAUCUUCAGAAUAAGAGAGGUUCUGAAAGUUGUACCAUCAAAAGAACAUCUGUUGAUGUGGCUGCAGGGAAGUUUGGAGAAGGUCGCAUGAGAAAUAAGGUAACAUUCACAGCUAGAAAAACAGUUCCAUUACCUGUUGAAGCCAAUCAUAAGACUACGCUGCCUAAUCUGGAUAGACCCUAUCCCAUGGGAAAGGGGAAGGAGUCUGUUGCCACUAUGAGGGAGUCCUUUGGUCCCAGGAAGAAGUUGAAGGUAAAUGGUCCAGGUCAAAGUAAACGUCUUCCAGUGAAUAUUGCCUUUACAUCUGCGUUGCUUAGCAAGGAGAAAUUGAAGGAUAAAAAGGCUUCCCACUUGGAAGACGAUGAAAUUUUGAAAGCGCUAGCUGUUAAUGAAGGAAAGCUUGAAAUGUACCUCAAUGAUCCCUCGUGUGUUCCAGCGGUAUGGCGUCACAUGCAACAUGGUGGCCAGACUGCUGAUGCUCGGAGCAAAGUCAGAAUGAUUUGCAGACGGUUUCAGUUUAUAUGCAGGACUCUAGUUCAAGCUGUGGAACAGCGUUCGCUGAAUGUUCGUAGAAUUGAUCUUGCAGCUGACAAACUAAUCAGGAAAUUGCCGGGCUUUAUGAAACACGGGCCUAUUGUGGGUGAAGUUCCCGGUGUUGAAAUUGGUGAUGAGUUUCUAUACAGAGUAGAGCUGGCCAUUGUUGGUCUUCACCGCCCAUACCAGGGAGGCAUUGACACUACCAAGGAUAUUACUGAUAUUCUUGUCGCCAUAAGCAUUGUUGCUUCUGGAGGUUACCCUGACAAAUUGUCGAGCUCAGGUGAAGUAAUAUACACUGGCUCUGGAGGAAAGCCUGCUGGCAAAAAGGAGAGUGAGGAUCAAAAGCUCGAGCGUGGGAACCUUGCACUGAAGAAUUGCAUCAAAACAAAGACGCCUGUCCGUGUAAUUCAUGGCUUUAAAGGACAAAAUAAAGAGGAAUGCAGUCAUUCGAAGGCCAGAGAAGUCUCAACAUUUACUUAUGAUGGGCUCUAUCAUGUGGUGGAUUGUUGGCAAGAAGGACUACCAGGUUCUAGGGUCUUCAAGUACAGGUUACAAAGGAUUCCUGGACAACUAGAACUUCCUCUGCAUGUUGCUAAAGAGUUGAGAAAGUCUGUAGUGCGUCCAGGCCUCUGCAUAUCUGAUAUAUCACAAGGGAAGGAGAAGACUCCCAUCUGUGUGAUCAAUGACAUUGAUAAUGUACGCCCAGCAUCUUUUAAAUACAUCACUAGAAUGAAAGGCUCGUCCUUGCCUGCAAAAAGAAACCCUCAGGGUUGUGACUGCACUGAUGGCUGCUCAGAUUCUUCUAGCUGCGCUUGUGUUGUGAAGAACGGAGGAGAGAUUCCAUUUAACUUCAACGGUGCAGUUGUCCAUGCAAAGCCCCUCAUAUUUGAGUGUGGUCCAUCAUGUAGGUGUCCCCCUUCAUGUCAUAACAGGGUCAGUCAGCUUGGUAUGAAAAUAUCACUGGAAGUAUUCAGGACAUCAAAGACGGGUUGGGGUGUAAGAUCCCUAAGGUCCAUUGCUUCUGGCAGCUUUAUUUGUGAGUAUGUUGGUGAGCUCUUGCAUAGCAAGGAAGCUAACCAGAGAACGAAUGACGAAUACAUGUUUGAUAUAGGAUGUAACUAUGAUAUCUGGAAGGGGGAGGCAUCAACUAUUCCAUGUCUGAAUUCUUCUGGCCCUCGCUCUCUGACCAUGAAAGAUGAAGACUUCACAAUUGAUGCAGCUGAGUAUGGAAAUAUUGGAAGAUUCAUAAACCAUAGCUGUUCACCUAACCUCUACACACAGAAUGUGCUCUGGGACCAUGACGACAAAAGAGUGCCCCAUAUCAUGUUCUUUGCUGCUGAGAAUAUUUCACCACUACAGGAGCUGACUUAUGACUAUAACUACAAAAUAGAUCAUGUCCAUGAUGUGAAUGGCAGUUCUGUAUCAAGCUACAUAUAAGGAGAAUACAAUACAAGGAAAAACUGCUUUUGAUUCCUCAACUGGCAGGCACAUAUAUUAUGCAGAAAUACUGCUGGACAUAUUACCGUGGCGGCAUCAUCCGUUUCGCUGGAACUUCUAAUCGACAGGGAAGGAAUAAACACCCUUGAGAGGAAAUGAUGUGGCAGUGUGACACCAACCAUACCUCAUUCAGCAUAAACUGGCAGUGUGUUUAGAGUUUAGACACAACGACAACGGUGCAUGAAAGAUGCGAGGCCUGAGGGAUACGCGACACUUUGGUGAUUUGGUGUUGGAGCUGGAGAACGAAAACGAUGGUCCAGUGUUGAUCAAUCGGUGGGCAGAAGCAGGAUCACCGGAUCCCGCAGAGACUUCUUGAUUCUUCACGGCAAGAUGAUCUACUCAUGAACCAUGAUCAGUUGGUCUGUUCAGUUCAGGCCUGAAGCUUCUCCAUCGGUGGAGGCUUCACAGGCUCACAGCUGAAGGCUGCCGCCACGUUCCCAGCUUCCGUUGGAGUCAAAAGGUGUUAGCAUUAGCAGUAGCACCAACCCGAAAGAUGCUGCUGGAUCUGGUUUUGCUGGAAUCGGUGAACUGCAAGCCCGUUGUUUCGUCAACAUCAACAUCAAGAUCACGAGACCCCGACUUGACAAGAUGGAAAAGAAAGAGUUUGCACGGCUCACCCCCCCCCACCCUGAAAAAAAAAGAACAGAACACAGGGCAGGCAAGAACCAGGACCUAGGUGCUUAUUGUCAUGGUCGUCAGUCGUCACUGCCUUUUGUCCAUUCAAAGAUUCCAAGCCCAGGGAAGCUCUGUAUUUGCUUUGCAUACAAGAUUCCAUAUCAGAACCUAUACGUUUGAAUAUACGUUAUGCUUCCUGUAUGUAUGCCGAUGAUGUCUUGUGGGGCCACUUAAUUAGGCAUGCCAAGUUAGUCAAAGCUGAGAAUUGAUCAAAGAAUGGUGAUCGCUUCAAGAACAACUGUUGCUUUGACGGAAGGGGCGGAGAGCGAAGUGGAUAAGUUUAGGACUGAUGAGAUAUUCAGAUAGAUCUGCAGGCGUCAGUGCGUCUCUGGGUGCUGUACUGCUGUGUCACCAGGCCGGUGGUACUAGGGUGGUGGUGUCUUAACUUAAUCCUCUGCAUUCUGUCGCUAGUGACUGGUGAUAGCCAAGUGGCUGGCAUCGUAAGUGCCGGUAAUUGUCAAAAAGUACUUUGCAACCUCUUGUUCCGCUAAGCAAGGGACAAAAGUUGGUAAAGCUACGUGUUUAGACUUCAUAAGAGAAAAUGAGUCCGACAUGUACGAGCAAAAAAAUAUAUGAUAGCUCUGUUCAUUUGACAUGGGUAAUGCAAAAAAUAUAUUACGGAAUAUGAUGUUUCAUGUA